GGAACAGAGGGUGUUGGGGGCGGGGAGAGGCCCGUGGGCUCCACUUUGCAGCUGCCGAGCAGUAUCUCCGAACAAAGGAGCGCGCAGCGCCGCCGUGAGAGGCUGGGUUUCCGCGCAGCUGCCACUCGGGCUGAGAGUCUCUACACCCGCUAUGCGAGCGUUGGGGUGCAGGAAUUAGGGGCGGAAAGAAAGGAAAAGGGAACAGGGCGUGCAAUUCCUGUUGUGGGGCUACGCAUAAGGAGUUCUUGUGAACGACGGGAAUGGUAACUAUCAGAGCCAAGGGGGAGAGAGAGAGCUGGAGUGAGCAAAACAAAGAGCGAGUGUGGGCCCUGGUGUGACUUCAUGCCUUACCAAUGUCCCGCCCACGCUGCUGCUGCGAACCACCCCCUCGCCUGCGGGCGGCCGGGGCAAGGCGUUCGGCGGCGUGGGGCGGUUUCCUAGCAACUGCAGCCCCCAGCGUACCCAGCUAUCAGCACAUUGGGAGCCCCCACACACACCCGGGGCCGGGGCAGGACCACUCCUUCCCGUCCCCCACCAGCCUCGCCUCCCUUGCAUCCUCGCGGAGUGCACCCCAGAGCGCGCCAGCAGUCCGGGCUCUGGACAGCCGGACGCCUGAGCCGCACACUGGGGCCAAAAGAACGAGGGCACGAAGCUCCCGCCCCACGAGGCCGGGCUCCUGCUCCCCCACGGAACCUCCCCUCCUGUGCUCGCCGCGGUGCGCUCCACUCCUGGCCGAGUACGGAGCUGCGAUGCCCAGCUCUGUGUCCGCGGGAGCCGGCGGGGGCUUCUAGGGCGCUCCUAGAGCCCCCUCCCCUGGCUGCUGGCACUCUGAGCUUUCUUCCUCACCAGCUAGGACGCUGCCGCUUUGACUCUGCCCCGCUGUUCAGCUAAUCAGGCUGCAAAGCCGAAACUAAGUGGAGUUGGCCUUCCUGCCCACCUGUGGAAGAAGCUCGCGCUGAUUGAUGCGCCAUCGACUUUUUCCCCCUCGGCCUCGCCGGCGUCCCCUCCCACAGAUGAAGCAUCACUCAGUGAAUGUACAUUAGGCUGGUUUUUCCCCCCAGCUUCGGGCUUUGUUUGGGUUUGAUUGUGUUUGGCUCUACGCUAAGCUGAUUUAUGCAGCAGAAUUCCCAUCGGCUGGGGAGAAACAAAAGCUCUUUUCUUUGUCCCAGAGCGGGCUGCGGAGCCAUCGCUCGCGUCGUCGCCCCAGGCCAUUGGCCAUCGGAGAAGGUGCUUCUCGCGGAGAUUUCGGGACCCGCCGUGCCGAACUGGGAGGGCCACGGGGGCCCUGAGAUGCCGAGCGGUGUCCAGGCCAGCAUACCUGCACCGGUUGCUCCCAGCGGCAGGGUCCGCCUGCCGGGCCUGCUGGAAACGUCCUAGCGACACUUGGUCCGCGGGCCCCGAGGUGCGCCCAGGAGGCGCGAGCGCGCAUCCGAAUAGCAGCCAGGCGGCGGGCACGGUGCAGGCUGCUUUGCAUUAUGUGCCGCUCAGCCCUGGCAUUUUUUACUGCCGCAUUUGUCUGUCUGCAAAACUGCCGGCCUGGUCCUGCCCCAUUCCUCCGGGCGGCCUGGGUAUUUUCAGUUGUUCUUGGACUGGGCCAAAGUGAAAACAAUAGAUGUGCAUCUUCAAAUGCAGCGUCCUGCACCAGGUGCCUUGCUCUGGGUCCAGAAUGUGGAUGGUGUGCUCAAGAGGAUUUCAUUUCAGGUGGAUCAAGGAGUGAACGUUGUGAUAUUGUUUCCAAUUUAAUAAGUAAAGGCUGCUCGACUGAUUCAAUAGAAUACCCAUCGGUGCACGUAAUACCAAGUGAAAAUGAAAUUAAUACCCAGGUGACACCAGGAGAAGUGUUGAUCCAGCUUCGUCCAGGAGCUGAAGCUAAUUUUAUGCUGAAAAUUCAUCCUCUGAAGAAAUAUCCUGUGGAUCUUUAUUAUCUGGUUGAUGUCUCAGCAUCAAUGCACAAUAAUAUUGAAAAAUUAAAUUCUGUUGGAAAUGAUUUAUCUAGAAAAAUGUCAUUUUUCUCCCGUGACUUUCGUCUUGGAUUUGGCUCAUACGUUGAUAAAACAGUUUCACCAUAUAUCAGCAUCCACCCAGAAAGGAUUCAUAAUCAAUGCAGUGACUACAAUUUAGACUGUAUGCCUCCCCAUGGAUAUAUCCAUGUGCUGUCUUUGACAGAGAACAUCACUGAGUUUGAAAAGGCUGUUCACAGACAGAAGAUCUCUGGAAAUAUAGACACACCAGAAGGAGGUUUCGAUGCUAUGCUUCAGGCAGCUGUUUGUGAGAGUCAUAUUGGAUGGCGAAAAGAAGCUAAAAGAUUGCUGCUGGUGAUGACAGAUCAGACAUCUCAUCUUGCUCUUGAUAGCAAAUUGGCAGGCAUAGUAGUGCCAAAUGAUGGAAACUGCCAUCUGAAAAACAACGUCUACGUCAGAUCAACAAGCAUGGAACAUCCCUCACUAGGCCAACUUUCAGAAAAGUUAAUAGACAACAACAUUAAUGUCAUCUUUGCAGUUCAAGGAAAACAGUUUCAUUGGUAUAAGGACCUUCUACCCCUCUUGCCUGGCACCAUUGCUGGCGAAAUAGAAUCCAAAGCUGCAAACCUCAAUAAUUUGGUAGUAGAAGCCUAUCAGAAACUAAUAUCAGAAGUGAAAGUUCAGGUGGAAAACCAGGUAAAAGGCAUCUACUUAAACAUUACCGCCAUCUGUCCAAAUGGGACCAGAAAGCCAGGCACAGACGGAUGCGGAAACGUGACAAGCAAUGAUGAAGUUCUUUUCAAUGUAACAGUUAUGAUGAAAAAAUGUGAUGUCACAGGAGGAAAAAACUAUGCAAUAAUUAAACCUAUCGGUUUCAAUGAAACCACUAAAAUUCAUAUACACAGAAACUGCAGCUGUCAGUGUGAUGACAGCAGAGGACCUAAAAGAAAGUGCAUAGAUGAAACUUUUCUAGAUUCCAAGUGUUUCCAGUGUGAUGAGAAUAAAUGUCAUUUUGAUGAAGAUCAAUUUCCUUCUGAGAGUUGCAAGUCACACAAGGAUCAACCUGUUUGCAGCGGUCGAGGAGUUUGUAUUUGCGGGAAAUGUUUGUGUCACAAAAUUAAGCUUGGAAGAGUAUAUGGAAAAUACUGUGAAAAGGAUGACUUUUCUUGUCCAUAUCACCAUGGAAAUCUGUGUGCUGGGCACGGAGAGUGUGAAGCAGGCAGAUGCCAGUGCUUCAGUGGCUGGGAAGGCGAUCGGUGCCAGUGCCCGUCAACAUCAGCCCAGCACUGUAUCAAUCCAAAGGGCCAGGUGUGUAGUGGAAGAGGCACAUGUGUAUGUGGCAGGUGUGAGUGCACCGAUCCCAGGAGCAUAGGCCGCUUCUGUGAACACUGCCCCACGUGUCACACAGCCUGCAAUGAAAACUGGAAUUGUGUGCAAUGCCUUCACCCUCACAAUCUGUCUCAAGCUAUACUUGAUCGGUGUAAAACCUCAUGUACUUUCAUGGAACAGCAUUAUGUGGACCAAACAUCAGAAUGUUUCUCUACCCCAAGCUACUUGAGGAUAUUUUUCAUCAUUUUCAUAGUUACAUUCUUGAUUGGGUUGCUUAAAGUCCUUAUCAUUAGACAGGUGAUAUUACAAUGGAAUAGUAAUAAAAUAAAGUCCUCAGCUGAUUACAGGGUGUCGGCCUCAAAAAAGGACAAGUUGAUUCUGCAAAGUGUUUGCACAAGAGCAGUAACCUACCGACGUGAGAAACCUGAAGAAAUAAAAAUGGAUAUCAGCAAAUUAAAUGCUCAUGAAACUUUCAGGUGCAACUUCUAAAAAGAUAAAAAGUACUUUAUGAGAAACUGGAUUUUUAAUAAUUGCUCCUAAAAAUUAUAAUUUUAGAAGUCACAGGAGGAGACAGAUUGUUCUAGAUCAUGCCAGUUGCUAGUUGUCCACUCGAAUGAAGACUGACGAGCAUCCUCAUCAUCAUGUGACUCACAUCGCUGCUGAAUUUUUCAGAGAAAAAUGUGUCUUACUACUGUUUGAGACUAGUGUCAUUGUAGCACUUUACUGUAAUAUAUAACUUAUUUAGAUCAGCAUAGAAUGUAGUUCAUCUGAAGAGCACUGAUUACACUUUACAGGUACCUGCCAUUCCUACGCUUCCCAGAGAGACACAAUGCUGUGAGAUAGUUUUGGCAUUGUGUCACUACAGGGUACAGUAAUCCCUGCAUGAAACAUGCAACAGGAAAAAAACAAUAAGGCAGUUAUGCUAAUGUUGACAAACACUUCAAAAUUAGCAGUGAAUUGUCAAGAAUAGGCAGAUGAAUAAAUGGGUAGCGUUUCAUUCAUUCAAGAGGUGAACAGAUAAAAUCUUAAUCUUGAGGGAUAUUGCUUUUGAAACUGUAGUUUUAUGCAUGUGUUUGUUUUCUUCUUUUUACAAGAUGGAUACUAAUGCCAAUAUUCUCUCCACUUUGCCUUUAUAUUUUGGUUUUCUUUCUUACAGGAUAAGUUUAUAUAUGUCACAGAUGACUGGAUUAAAUAAGUGCUAAGUUACUACUGCCAUAAAAACCUAAUAAUACAAUGUCACUUUAUUAGAAUUCUGGUUUUAAAAGCUGAAUGUUUAAUAAGGAACACUGUAAAGUAACAUCGAAAUUUGAACAGCUUCGUUGUUUGCAGAUGUGGAGUUUUAUAUCUUCUUACCUGGUAAACUGGAUGGACUAUUUUACCAUUUCAUCUAUCUAACCAUCACAUUAAAAUUCACAAGAUAUUUAGAAACUCUGCCUCAAGCAAAGUGCCACACCUUUGAAUGCGAUUUCUCAUAUUUAAUCCAAGUAGAUAUUAGCAUUUUUUCAAAUUAAAAGCUAUAUUAAGCUAUAUUAUUUUUGCCCUUCAAUGAAGCCUAAGGACAUACAUUCCCUAUAUCACCUCAACCCCAAUCUCCAGAAUUCUAAAAGUAUGUAAUUGGAGGAGGAUAGACAACAUUUUAGAAAUAAGCUAAUUCACUCUUUGAGUUAGUCAAGGAACCACAGCUCAGAAAGUUCAAAUAAUUUCUCAGAAAACUUCUCGGUGAUUAAGUGGCAGCAUUCAAAGAGAACUUCUGUCUUACUGACAGGCUAGUAGUGUUCAUUGCACAAUAUCAUGCUACCUCUUGAGAGUUUUUAAAAUAUCUAAUUGGCAAGUAUUUUGAAAUGUGAUUUACUGAAGUCUUAAGUAUAUGGGCAUGAGAAAAUUUAAAAGCAAGACAGAAAAGAGUAAUUCAAACUGAACUGGCCAUGAAUGUCUUCCAAUCUUUCCUCCUAAUCGGGGUCUAAGAGCUAACUAUAGGGACAUCCAUUCAUGCCUUAGCCUGUGUAAACAGCACCCCCUAAAAUUUAGCAAGUACUCAGCCGAAGAGAUUGAUACAAAGGCCAUGAGCUUUUAUCUCCCCCAAUGGAAACUUCUUCACAAUUACCAUAUCCCAACAGACUUACUUAGUCUGAUUUUACUGGCUAGACAUCCAACAGUCCUGUGUGCAGUACAGAGCUUUGCCUAUGACAACCAUGUCUUCUAAUAAUUAACUUGCCAGAUUUGCAGUCUUCUAGCACCUGAGUUAAUCAAAGUGCUAGAGGUGUGCCUUUCAAUGAAGACCAAUCCCCACCCCAUAUUCUACCCUAAAGAGCAUUUAAAAAUAUAUAAUACGCUGUUCUGAAGCCAACAAACACAGCAGCUCUGUUAGCCAUCCCCUAAACCAAGCAAUUAUGACCCUUUAGUUGAACUGUACUUCCUUCCCCAAAUGAGACUGGGGACAUUGACAUAAUUCAGUACUGUGACUCACUUGUGUAAGAUACCCUUGAUCACCAAGGAUAACGUGAAAAUCAUAUUUUGCACCCUGCCUGUCUCACAUAGCAUACUUUUUUAAAAGGAAAAUAAAUGGAUACCUGACAGCCCCCCAAAAGAGAAAAGUGGAAAAAAUACAUUUACUAAAACACUGACAAUUUAAAAAAAUGAACAUUAUGAUGUUCAUCAACUAAUUUUCAUGUGGAAUGAAUUAACUAAAAGUGCAAAAUAAAAUGAAACCCUUAAAAAUCCAGGAUUUAUAUUUUUCCACUCUCAAUAAUUUGCACUAAUUUAUAACAGACUGAGGCUGUUAUCAUAGGAAGGAACAAACUUCCCGACAGGCACUUCAAUGCUAGCUAGUGACUCAUUAUGCUUGUGAUGUCUUGUGCUUUCUUUUUGUACUUAAAGAUCUAAUUCUUAAAGAUUUUAGAGCUUACGUUUUACUUGAAUAUUGAUAUUUUCCUGUAUAAUGGCUUGUGAGAAGAGAAUUAAUAUUUGACUAGUUAGAAUUAAUUAAAAGGUAAGGGAAAACAGGGUAUUCUUAGAUUAAAUAAUAUUUGUAAAUAGAGCUUAUUUUCAACUAAUAUGACCACAGGAGCGUUUUGAGAUUCGCUAAUAUUAAACUCAAGUAAUGAAAUCUUAAAUGGUUAACAAAGUUAAGAACUUGAACACUUUUGGUACGACAGCAUUUCUGUGCCCUGAAGUAUGUAAUGAUUUAGAAAUGUGCUAUACAUACACUACAAUAUAACUUCUGCAUGUUAUUUCUCUGGGGACAUAUUUAUACUGCAGUGUACAUGGAUUUAUAAGCAUUUGAUAUCUUGUUGAAAAUUAAUAUUUAUGAAGUCGUAGAUAGUCUCUGCAAGAUUCAAAAAUUCACUAAAAUAUCUGAUUAUGCUGUAGCUUUGGUUAAUAAAGAUUUUUUUAAAAUCUAAAGUUAGAAUAGAUUUCUCAUAGGGAAAUUUUUCAAAACUCAAAAUUAAAAUUAGUGCAUACAUCAGAUGUAACACUUCACUAAAGAAUAAAUUCCAAAUAUUUUUAAUAUAUACUUAAUUUCCAGUGAGGAUAUUCUUAUGUAUGACAACAGGCAUCCAAAAGACAUUGAAAUAUUUUUAUGAUGAACCAUGAAAAUUUUUCUCCAAAGAAUUAUAUUCCUCCAGGUACCUGGUAUAGCAAAGUAGACUCAAUGGCUUUUACUUUCUUUAUUUCUGUUUUUUACACUUUUUUCCUAAGAGAUUGCCCUAAAAUGUCAAACUCAAUAAGCCUAAUUGUGAAAACUAAUCUAAUAUAAUGCUACAAUGAAGUUCUUCAUUUCUAAACAUCAUUUAAUGAUUUUUAAAACUCAUUUGUAUCUAUGUACCCGAACAUAGACAGACCACUUAAAAACUAAGAAUUCAAAAUUCUCACAACUGUUAGAGAUCCCUUCAGUUUUCAAAGAUUUGAGAUCUACAUAUUUUAAUAAAAGUUUCAAGUGAAAUAUAGCUAUUUGGGAGUUCAAGCAUAUGCAUAUUGUAUUUUUAUUUACUUUUAACAUUUAAUGUAUGACUAUCCUUAUCAAUACUGACUUUAAGAACUCCAUUUCAUGCAAUGCAAAAUGAAAUAUAUUUUCAAAUAAAUAUAGAACAAGCAUUCCUUCAGAUCACUUCUGUUUUCUAAUUCCUCUAUGGAAAAAUUUAUUAUGGGUAACUGAUUAUAUAUAUUCAUAUUACAUUGAUUUUUCAAUAUAACAUCUCUUAAAUUGAGAUGUAUCUUGCAAUUGUUGGCAUGUUCGAUUCAGUGUUGAAAGUUGUGCUUGAAUAAAUAUUACACUAAUUCAUUUUUAACUAAAUAUUUAUGGGUAUAGGCACAUUCCUUUCUUACAUAUAUCUGAGAAUUCAUUUAUGAUAACAUAUGAGCCAGUUUUCAGUACAACUGAAUCACAUACAACUCACCACGGAGCCUGACUGUCUGAUUAUGAGCUCAGAUCCUGCAGACCUUUAGGUUAUAAAAGUUUUUUCAGCCUCCUGUUUAUACUUUAUGCUCACUUAAAACCCUCACUUAAGUGACAAGAAUGAGUGGGUUUCUCCCAGUUUUGUCAACAAAUUUUUAUUGUUUCUAUUCCUUUGUAAAAGAGUACAUUUAUGUCAUCAUCUCACUUUUAAACAGAAUUAACUGGAAGAAUAUCGCAUGAAACCAUCAUAAUUAGAUUUUGCAGCAUCUUUUAUGUCUUAUGUCAAUGACAGGAGAAAAAUAUGUUACAACCAAUCAGUGCUGUAGGAAAAAAUCUUUCCCUUUGAGUCCUAUUUUUUUAUUCUUGAACAUUUCUGGUUCUUUUGAUUUUUUCUUUGGCUCUGAUAAACUUACCUUCAAGCCUAUGUAAUGACUGUCAUAAAACUGCACAUUUAAAUUAUUUGAUUUAUAUUAAACAAUUGUUCAGCUAUCUGGGCAGCUGUUAAUGAAAUACCUGAGAGUAACAACACUACUCUUUUAUCUACCUGAAAUAUUUUCCUGCAUAAAAUUCAUCUUUGUAAGCUAACUCUAUUAAUCAUGUUUCUAACCUCUAUACUUCAGUUAAAAUUAUUUAACCCAACAAACAAGGAAAAUCAAAAAACAAAAAACACUGCAGUAACCAAGGAUGGAAAAUGUGAUUUGUAUGAAGAACCUUUACUCACUUUACACUGUACCACAGAUAAAUGUGAUUUUGAUAAGAAUUCCACACGUGACAAGUAUGGUACGUAAAUUUUACUAAGAAUAUUGAAUAUAAAAUAUUUUAAUUCUAAAUUAUAAAAAUAUAUA